AUUCCCUUUUAUUACAAGAUACUAACAGUAGUAGCAAUCACUCUAGUGAAAAAUUACGCAAUCACUGUCAAGUGUUAUUAAAGCUAAUGUUAAGUAGUAAAGAGGCUUGGCCGUCUCUUAAGGCAGAUGGGUGGCCGGUGGCACACUGGGCACCACUGGGCUUGGAGAGCAAGAAGUGCAGGGGUUAUUGUCUUGAACCCUCCAUCCUGAAGGGAACUGUACGAGAAAUUAUUUAUAUAAAUUAGGACUUUGGGGGGGAAAAAAAAAAAACACAGGGUUGGGGAAUUGUUUCUCUGCUGAUUACAGGUCAAAUAGAUGCUUAUACAAUCUAAUGUUUCGAGGUGAGCUAGAAAAUAGUGAUACAAAAGCUGCUUUUAUUUAGAAAAGUUGACUUACAGAAGAUGAAAAUACAUAGGCAAGGUCCAGUCCUGGUUCUUUUUGACCACAUUCCCCCCCCACCAACCAACGACUAAUUAAAAUACACUAUUCUAUACAGAAACUCAGAAAGCACUGGGAACGUGUUGUUUUCACACUGAAUUAUCCCUGUCUAUAGACCAUAUCCUUAAUUUAUGCCAAAGCAAAUUCUAGUAUGAAAUUAGCCAAUGCACAAGGUCCACUGGAAAAAAAGAUUGAGUUAUUCUACAAAAGGCCUACCUUAAUCACCACAUCGCGAAUCUGUUCUCUCUGAACUCUGAAGCUUCUUCAGUCUUCAGUUAUAAAAUUGUGUGAUUGUUAGUAGAUGGCAAAAAGUGAUUUCCCCACCCCUGACAUGUGUAUACUCAAGGUUGUUUACCUUGAAUGAAUGACACUUAAAUAUUGUACUACUCAGUAAACCUUCAAUUUUUGGUGGGUUUUUUGAUUGCUGGCAUUGCGUGCAUCCUUGUGAGUCCUUGCAGAAAGGAGCACAUGCCAGCAAAUGAGGUGUGGAAGGUCAGGGGGGUGACAGCACCUGAAAGGACCCAGUUCCUCAACUCUUCUGAACCUGGAGGUCUCCAGCUUUGGUUUCCAGACACUGUAGCUCUUUGUAAUUUUUUCUGCUGUGUCAGAAGCUGUGUUCUUUGCCAUGUCUCAGUGUAGGCAUUACAAAGAAUGUUCAGGUUGCCUCUUACCAUUCUUUUGCAUGGGCAAAAUAUAAAUGAGAUGGUGAGAAAGUCAAUAUGAGGCAGGCUUUUCAGAGUUAAAUACUGAACUACUUCUAUUUCUCCCCAUAUUUUUUUAAUGUAAGUUCAGACUGCAAAACUGGACCUAGCAUAGGUUACCAGGAUAGGUGCAAAUUGGUUACAUGUUGCCUUCCUGCUUUUGCUCAGACCCUCUUUGCUUUAUUACCCAAGAUUUUAAUGACCUAGAGAGCCACUGUGUUUUCACCAGUGUGUUUUAGCCGCGGGGAGUUUGUGUUCAAUUGUCCUACCCCUAUUUUUUGCACGCUGCUUGUCUUUUGAUGUAACUUCUUCCAAGACAGUGUUCCAGUGGACAAUUGGAUCAGCUAAUCAACUAGUUCUGCAUGAUCGACUGGUCUUCAGACUUUUUCAGUCGUUUUUUGGCAAGCUGUGCUUACCUACAGAAGAUGCCAAGAAAGGCUCCCAGGCAAAGAGGUUAAGAGAAAAAAGGGUGUUAAAGUUGGAUAUUUGAGGGGAGGGGGAGAGAGAGAUUGUCAAACCUGGCUGAGCAGAUCCAUUUAUGUCCCAAACACUGCCAGUUUUUCAAUAAGAGCAACGUGUUUACUGUAUUGAAAAAAGGUAUUUGUACUCUUGGGACAUAUGAUUCUCUCCACAGGUUGUAGCAAAGGCCCUGAUGAAGGUGGAGAGACAGUCUGAGAUACGCGUAAAGGGACCUUAAAUCCAGCAUUUUGUACCUGUGGUAGGAACAGCAAGAAGGUUUUCAUGAAGAUUUUUGAAUAUGAAUGCAAACCCCCACUUAGAAUUCUACUGAAGUUUCUGGCAGGCAGAAAUAUAAAGAUGUUGCAUGUCCUCUUCUGCCUGUUGAGCUGAAGCUUUGAAAAAGAUUACAGGUUUAGAGAAAAAAACUGACCCACCCUUCAAACUACCGUGAUUCAUUAACUUGUUUUAAACUGUCUAUUGAAGAGUUAAUGAAUGAACUGAUUUUUUUAAUUUUUUUUUUUAUGGCAGAAAUAUAAAGGCAGCUUAUCUGAGACCUUGAUACACUGAACUUCUGUCCAUUAAGUGAUAUAUAUCUGGUAAAAUUUUAACAUCAUCUGGAAGCUAUUACUUCUGCAGAUGGGGCGAUGGAGGGCGGGACAAGGUAAUUACCUUCAAUUGGGCAAACUGCUCUUAGGCUGGCAGGCUCUUCAGUUUGGGGCCAAAGGGCAACAUAUUUUGGUAGAGUUGCUGGUACACUUCAUAUGAUGGUUUUACUCUAGAUGGCUUCUGAAAACAGCAUUCAAGUUCCAGCACAGUGAAUGAGUUUCCAGAUGUACUUUUUCAUGUAUGCUCUUCUUAAUUUUCUGCCAGGGGCUGAAACCUUUUGAAAUAUUUAAGGAGGUCUAUGCUGCUGUUGGUUACCUCUGAUACUAAUUUUUUCUGUGGUUUAUGACAUCUGUCCUUAAACAUCUUUGAAGCUUUUGCUGUGCAGAGCUUUGCAUUCCUAGAAUUCUGAGAGUUUUGAGAAGAUGCAAAUUUACAAGUUAUCUUCUGACCUGACCACAUUACAGCCUUUGCACACAGGUGAGCUUCACGCCUUUAUGAAGUCUUGUUGCUUCUGUAUGUUCUCCAUAUAGAGAUCUAGACUUCAGAUUACUGCCCUGACUCUAGAAAUAAUACAUUUUCUAGUCUUCAUAUAUAUAUAUUCUUGAAGUAUGUCUUAUUCUUUAUAUAGCAAGGCUAUUUUUCCUAAUUCCUUAAGACAUAGCAUAUUCAUAUUUCACUUUUUUUAUAUCAUGGUCUGUGUUGUCACUAUCCAGGACUGAUGCUCCAUUGUGAGAUGAUUUAGUAAUGAGAAGCUACUUUCUAAGGAUUCUUUUCUGGAAGAAGCAUUUUUUGGUGAGUUUACCAUUAACAUACUUUCCUGUGAACGAACUCAAAUAUUCCAUUAAUUUUGAAUGAACCAUUAUGAAUAUGUUAUUUAUUAAAGGAAGCUGUUGUAGAUAGGCUAAACGCUUCAGCAGCAGUGACACUUGAGUCUUAAAUCUGUGGUGCUUCUGGGAUUCACCUCAGGUUAUCCUAAGGAUGCAGACAUCCAAGAAUGCAGGAGCAGGUGAGUAGAUGAUUUUUCCAGCCUUCAUGAAGAACAAUCUGUAGCAUUGUUGGUGGAUAGAAGUUUUUAUGCCACAGCAGACUCCUAAUCAUGGCUUGACCCCAUUUAUCCUGCCUUCACGAUCCUCAGAAACCCAGUUAGUGGUGACCUUGAAAACACAGCCCUAUGUGGUCGCCUUUUUUUAUCCUUGUGUUAUCAGAACAGAAAAUGAUCUUGUGUGUAUCCACUGAAAAUGUGUACUGGAAAGCAAAUGUUGUCACUGGGGCUCUUGAGGUUUGUCUCCAGUUUUGCCCUUGCAGUCAUGAGGUUUUGCUAUAUAAACGGAGCCGUGUUGAGGAACAAUCUGGUUCCUCUUUGGGUGUAGCUGCCGUGGCUGAAGGGGUUACAGCCCUCAAGCAUGUUCUCUGAGCUCCUGCUAGAGGUUCCCACAGAACAUCCCUUCUCAGGGGCUAUAUUUUGCAGACUUGCAUCAGUUUAAAUCCUUUGGGUGUUGUACAUCACUUAGCUUAACAGGCCAGGCUGUGAGCCGGGGGAUGGGGCUGUGCACCCGUGGCUGGCAGGUGGGAGGGCUCUGGCCUUUCUGCAGGUUGCAGCGUUGGAUUGCGUGAAGUCGUCGUAAGCUGUGUGGGUGACGUGGGGGCACUGUGACCUCACGCUCCGACGGGUGGUGGCCCUGGGCUGCAGCAGGUACCGGGGAUGGGAGGGGAGAAGGUGGAGGAGGGAGGAAAAAGUGUCCUGUAAACGUUAGCCUGAACACGAAUGGCUUUUCUGACCCGUCACCGGGCGGUUUGGUGGGUUUUAUCUUGGGGGAAAAAAGGGAAUUCAUGGCCUCGGGUUUGAAUUCGCACAGUGGUUCAUGGGUUGGCUGGUCCCUCUGACCUUGCCUCCUGCUGCCUGAAGGUGCAGAGGAGUGAAGGGUUUGGUCACUGCAAGUGGUAAAUACCCCCUUUAACUGCAAGGAGCUUUUGGGAAGGAGCAUUUGGGGUUACGGACGGCACAGCAAAGGAUAAGAAGCUGCAGUCACACAGUGGGUGUGGGACACUUCAUGCUGCGGCAGGGUGGAUGCUCAGCCCAGGGGUUGUGUUUGUACAGAUGAGAAGCCGUAAAGCAGCUGGAACGGGCGAAGAUGCAAUCUGCGAAGGUCGAAGUGGUUGUUCCGCACGGCCUCAAGACCCUGCUUCAGGGAGUUUGCCAGGCUGUCAUUGAAAGCAACCCAGAUGACCUUCCUCAGUUUUUUGCUCUCUAUUUCAAAGAGCUUGUCAUCUUUCAGAAAGAGAAUCCAAGUAUGGACAUAACAACGCUGGUUGAAAAUUUGGACUUCAGUAAGGAAAAUGGGAAUGGGGGAAUGCAAGAUCAGACAUUGGAGGACAUAGAGACAUUAUUUCCUGGGGAGCCCAGGCAACAGGACAAGGGCACUGACACAGAGGAAGAUCAGCUCCUUGAGGACUUUGAGACUGAAUAUAGCUCUAAAGUAACUCAAUGCCCAUCAGUUCCCAGUUUCACUGCAAAAAGCAAAUCCUCCGUUGGACUUGCUCAAGUUCCAUCCGCUGAGGGACCUGAACUGGCGUAUGUCCCUGCUGAGCCUGCACAGCUUGCUGCCCAUGUGCUAGGUAACACUGAUUCUCUUUAUUCUUUGAGGGAUGUGGCAAUUAGUGUGCAGAAUCUUUAUGAAGAUUCUCAGACCUCAGAGAAUGCAUUUAUACCAUUAGAAGGUGCUGCUGGAGAUGCUUCUACUUUACCAGUAGCUGAGGCUUCUGUAGAAGCUGUUAGGUCACAACCAAAAGUGUGGAGUCAGUCCUCCAUGGCUGGAGAACUAGUUCCCUCAGACAGCCAGGCUCAAGUCUCAACAAAUUAUGUAAAUCAAGCUUCCUCAGUCCUCUUGGGGGAAGAACCGUCACCUCCUUCACCACUACCACCAUCAUCACAUGCUCCUAAAGAAGUGUUGCAGGCUGUGCCUUCCUGCAACGAAGCUGAGGUUACCUCAGCCGCUGCAGCUGUAUCACUGUAUUUGAAUGCUGAGCAGAUUACAGAUGCAGAGAUUUCACCUUAUGUAGAACAGUUUCCACAGAAAAUAAUAAUCUGCAUGGCAGACCAAACAACUUGUCUCUUAAAGAUUAAGCAGCCUUUAGAUGCAAGACAGGGCUCAAGUGCUACAGCCUUGGUUCCAUCUGCUGAUGAUUUCAAGUACCAGCCUGAAUGCAAUCUACAGCAUAAGCAGAAUCAGCUGAGCAAGUUUGUCUUUCCAGCCAUGGCAUCAAGUGAAGCAGGACAGCUACCACCACAUUGUCAUGUGUGGACCCUUUACUGCCUAACUGACUUAAGCCAAAAAUCACCACACUCCCUUCCUCAUGCUGGAGCUGGUGUUUCUGCUCCAAUUUACGUGAUGCAAGAAGCAUGCAAGAGGGAAAAUGCUCCACCUUUUGUUUUAGUGGGCUCUAAUAUUCACAACACACAGGACUGGAAACCUCUCCGUGGCCACACUAUGUUGCCACCACAAGCUGCAGGUGCCAGGAAGAGACUCACUGUAGUCCCAGUCCCUGUUGCCUGGCCAGCUGAUGAGGAACCAGAUCUGGCAGAGGAAACCACAGCUAUGCCAUGCACCCCCAGUGUUUUCUUUGUUGCCAUCCCCCUGGAUGACGUGAUGUCUGCAAAGAAAGGCUCACCAGAUGGUGACAAGUGCACAGGUUGAGACAAGAGGCUGUUUGAACUUCAGGAAGCAAUCAGGAAGAAUGGAGUUCACACCAUAAUAAAUAAGGCAAACAUUCAACAAAAUCAGCCUGCAAUUAGAACUGCAUUCCCAUGCACUUUCUUUACCUAGUACCACACAACAGCCUGAGUGUGUGAAUUAUGACCAUGGAAACAUCUGCUGCAGCUGUUUCACUGAAGAGUGGCCCAGCUUCUUCAGUGUACUAACAUAGCAUACACGUAAGCCCCAGCCACGCAGAGAUUACAUACAGAGCCCCAGCUUGUCAACAUAACCAGGCAUAGUCUCUGCUGCUGGGGUUGUACUCUAGGAAGGAACUGCACAUUAAUAUCCAAAGCAAGAGGACAGUCAUACUUUCAGUGAGAGAAAGGAGUUAUUCUCACACAUGGUCAGAUCAUUCAGACUACAGGUUUAUUGAGGAAGACAGCUGAGGUUAUGCUUUGCAGGAGUUAAGAAAAAGUCCCUUUACGUUACUUUAGAGGUUUCACAACUAUAGGUAUGGCCACUUACCUGCACCAGACUCUUGAAGUACAGGUCUAGAAAAAAAAUAAUCUGUUCUUAUAAAAGAGACAUCACUCAAAACAAAAUAUGUUGUGUCAAGGUUUCCCCCUCUUGAACAUGGCUGGGCAGGCAGGAACUAAAUGCUUUGUUUUUCCCCCAGCACCAAGUGUGCAAUGCUGCAUGACCCGCUGAAGCACUGACCUAACAGCUAGGCUGUUUCUACAGAUCUCAGAAUCCCACUUGGAGUUGCACAGGAAUUAAGACAGACUUGAGGAAAUGCUGGCCAGAGCAGAGGCUCAAGUGCAGAGGUGGGGCUUCCAAGAGACAGUGCAGGUGUUCAAUUUCUGCAUCUUCAACUCACUGAUAGAACUGGGCACUCAUAUGAAAGACUGCCAAGGAAAAGGCUUUCCCUUAUCUAUGCAAAUACACCUCAGCAUCACAACCUGGGUAAUUGUAGUAGCACACAGAAUAAAAAUAGAAAGCAACCCCUUGCCUUAUUGAGUUUCAGCAGUCCACCUGCCAGGCUGGAGCUGCAGCCUCACUGUGUGGUGAAGGAGGGAGCUCUCAGUUCCCCAGCCAUCCCUCCAACCCUGACACAGAUUGUUCCUGCUGAGGGAAAGAGAGGUCCCAGAGGCACAGGGAAGCACCACAUGUCACUGCAGCAGCUUGUGGGGCUGGCUUGCUCAGAAGGGGUCAGCGCUGUCAAACACCACUCACUUCAGACUAGAGGGAAGAAGUUUUGAAGCCUUUAUUUAAGUAGCAAUUAAAUUAUUUCAAUUAACACUAACCUCCAGACAGCAGUUAAAAUAUUGUACAAAGAGCAGCUUGCCCUCUAGAAGCUCUGUACACAGUUCAAUAUAAACUUACACUCUUAAGAUUGAAUGCACCCCACUGAAAAGGGGUAAAGCAGCUGUGCACAGGAGGCCUCCCUGAGGUGCUGAACUACCUCUGAAAUGCACAAGACUUCCUCCUCCCACAGUACAGACACAGGUCCUGUCCCCCCACGCCGUGUUCCACCGGGUCCUGCACUGGUGAGGUUCUUGCCUUUUUGCAGUGGUGCUGGACACCAGAACUUCUAGUGCAUGAAACAGAUUCUUUUAAAACCUGUCACUAGUGUGCAGUUCAAAUGAAAUCUGUAGAUAUUUAAAUGGCUCUUAAUUCCUUAAACCAUGAGGUUGGUAGCAAAACAGGAGAGCAAAAUUCAAAACACACUGCACAAAACAUUGAAUAAAUACCUUUGAGUAAUGUUACCAGCUUAAACAACUGCAUUAAUGCUCCAGAGAUGGGAACUCUUCCAGAAUCUCUGACCAGAGCACAGGAUUCAAGGGAGUUACUUUAGUAAAAGAAAAGUCACUUUAUGAAAAAUUACAUCUUUACAAAAGUGACACACCCUUCUUUUAAGAACAGAAUAUUGCAAUUACUGUGUGUGCUUUUAAACAUUCCCAUGUCACAAUAAAUAAAACCAGUUUUACUUGUGCCAA